CGUCAUCAACGUUGUCAGGUCAGCGCAGCUUCUGCGUCCCGAGCACAAACAGCCUGUUAGCCGAGAAUAGCGAGCAGCAGCCCGCCUCCCCCGAGACGAAGGAAGCCUCUCUGCUCCCACCACCGCAACCAGAGCGUCGAAGAACCGCCGGCAAACAUGGAGAUGCGGAUACACGGAGGUUUGGCGCUGGUUUAUUUGCUGGUCUCGCAGUUCUCUUCGUGCUCGGCGUUCUAUCUUCCGGGUUUGGCCCCAGUGAGUUUCUGUGAUAAGGACAACGGUGGCGAAGAUUGCCAGACAUUGAUUCAGCUGUUUGUCAAUCGCCUGGACUCAGUGGAGUCGGUCCUGCCUUACGAGUAUGAUGUGUUCGACUUUUGCAAAGAUGCAAAGGAGAAGAGGCCUUCGGAGAACCUUGGACAGGUGCUGUUUGGAGAACGAAUCGAGUCAUCACCCUACAAGUUCAACUUCAAUGAAGAGGUUAAAUGCAAAGCAGUGUGCACAAAGAAAUACAGCAAAGCCUCCCAGGAGGAUGCUACCAAACUGGAUUUUCUCAAGAUGGGAAUGCAGUUGAACUACCAGCACCACUGGAUCAUCGACAACAUGCCGGUGACUUGGUGCUAUGAUGUGGAAGACGGUCAGAAGUACUGCAACCCAGGGUUCCCCAUUGGCUGCCUUGUCACGUCAGAGGGAAAACCCAAAGAUGCUUGUGUCAUUAAUUCUGAUUUCCACAAGAAGAACACAUUUUAUGUCUUCAACCAUGUGGACAUAAAGCUCAAGUACCACAGUGGAGAAGCCGAGGGAUGGAGAGGCGCCCGGCUUGUCGCUGCCACUCUGGAGCCAAAGAGCAUCAAACAAGCAGAUGAGGCAAACCCAAGCUGUGAAGGAACCACCCCGAUGGAGGUUCCUAUGGAUUUAACUGAGGAUGUCUCUAUAGUUUACACCUACUCAGUCUCAUUUGAGAAAGACAAUUCAAUCAAGUGGGCUUCUAGGUGGGACUACAUCCUGGUCUCCAUGCCUCAUACCAACAUCCAGUGGUUUAGCAUCAUGAAUUCCCUCGUCAUUGUCCUCUUCCUGUCUGGCAUGGUGGCCAUGAUCAUGCUGAGAACCCUGCACAAGGACAUUGCCAGAUACAACCAGGUGGACCAGGGAGACUUGAUAAAGGUUCCAACGACCAAGGAAAAAAACCCUCUACUCUAUGAGGAUGCACAGGAGGAGUCCGGGUGGAAGCAGGUGCACGGGGAUGUGUUCCGUCCCCCCAGGAAAGGCAUGUUGCUGUCUGUGUUCCUUGGGCAGGGAACCCAGAUCUUUAUCAUGACCUUCAUCACACUCUUCCUGGCCUGUCUGGGUUUCCUGUCACCAGCCAACAGAGGGGCUCUCAUGACGUGCAGUGUCGUCCUCUGGGUUCUGCUGGGAACCCCUGCUGGCUAUGUGUCUGCGCGCCUUUACAAAACUUUCGGAGGUGAAAAGUGGAAGACAAACGUCUUGCUGACAGCACUCUUGUGCCCAGGCAUUGUGUUUGCAGACUUCUUCCUGAUGAACCUGAUCCUUUGGUGGGAGGGUUCCUCAGCAGCAAUCCCCUUUGGUACUCUGGUGGCAAUUUUGGCCCUGUGGUUUGGAAUCUCUGUGCCCCUCACCUUUGUUGGUGCCUACUUUGGAUUCAAGAAAACUGCAAUUGAGCAACCAGUGCGAACAAACCAGAUCCCCCGUCAAAUUCCUGAGCAGUCUUUCUUUACUAAACCAAUUCCGGGAAUAGUAAUGGGCGGGAUCCUGCCCUUUGGCUGCAUCUUCAUCCAGCUCUUCUUCAUCCUCAACAGCAUUUGGUCUCAUCAGAUGUACUACAUGUUUGGGUUCCUGUUCCUGGUUUUCAUUAUUCUGCUCAUCACCUGCUCCGAGGCCACAAUUCUUCUCUGCUACUUCCAUCUAUGUGCCGAGGACUACCACUGGUGGUGGCGCUCCUUCCUGACCAGUGGCUUCACAGCAGUCUAUCUGUUCAUCUAUGCUGUGCAUUACUUCUUCUCAAAGCUACAAAUCGUAGGGGCGGCCAGCACCUUCCUCUACUUUGGAUACACUAUGAUUAUGGUCCUCAUCUUCUUCCUCUUCACAGGUACAAUUGGCUUCUUUGCCUGCUUCUGGUUUGUAAAUAAGAUCUACAGUGUGGUCAAGGUGGACUAGAGGACUGAGGGAAAGACUGACUCCUUGCUGUCGCAGCACUCGCCUCCUCGGUGCUGCCUGUGUGAUAGAGAGGUCUCAAUGGACCUGAAUGAAACCAUCACUUAUAAUAGAGAGACCUGAAGAGCAGAGCCCGUCCUCUUUUGUGCUUUAAACCUACAUUGCUAUUCUUUCUUUUUUUUUAAGUAUAUAUGUGAUUUUGUCUUCACUGUUGACCAGUAAUAUUUGGAGUGGAGCCUUAAAAUCAGUGUGGGUUCCAAUGAUCUCGUUUCUCAUAGUGAGCAGUUUGUUUUGGUGGGUUUUAACAGAAGAUGAAGUGUUCGCCCUGUAUUUUUGAUUUUUUUCUUUUUCUUUAUGUUUCUAAAUGUCUAAACUUUUUUUUAUUCAUUACUUAUAUUGUAUGAAAUGCAAAAAACUGUGUGUACAUAUACUGUACAGAACGAGUGUGUGUGUGAAAAGAUGCUACUUAAAGAUUGUCACCAUUAAGGAACUUUAAUUUCUUGUUUCAGGUAAAGGGUGGGCUUUAAAUCUUUAAACUAUCAGCUUGUAUUGUAGUUAAGAAAUCAUAUAAAAUACUGACAUUGCUACGACACAUGUCUAUUCUCUUGUAAUUGAUUGCUAUACUCAAGUUUGCAUAGGAGCAAAGGUCACACUCGUCUAAGAAGCAAACGUGUAUCAUUGAAGAAUAUGCUGCAGUUACAGUGUGUUGCACGUCAAGAAUCUCAGGAGAGAUUCUCCCCCAGUGAAAUCAUAAUGCAGUCCGUUCAUUUACUGAUCCAGUACAGAUGCACCCUUUUAGAUAUUAAUAAGCAGUUUGCUGAACUGUAACUAUACGUAAAACCCUGCUGCCUUUUGCUUUGAGCAGCGUGGUGUCAUCACCCAGGUGGUAACAUUUUUACAAAUAAAUGCAGUCAAUUCAAA